CCCCCCGGCUUUUCUAUCCCUCCCUCUCCCUGUCCGUUCCUUCCACUCCCACAGUCCCAGCUGCCAUUGCUCCUGCAACACCGUACAGCACAUUACUACAGGAGGGAAAAUAAAAGAGGCUGCAUGGGCUUGCAGAUGAUCCAUGGCAGGCCCUGCGCCUAUUGCUGCCCGUCGUCGUCGUCCUCCUCCUCCUCCUCGUCUUCCUCCUCUGCGUGGAUGAUGCAGGCCCUGCCCCCGAAGCAGUCUCACCAUCCAUUGAAUGGAGGGAAGCCAAUUUUCUCUGAAUCCCUUGCAGCACUGGCGGCCAUGCAUCUCCUGCUAAAACGUCGCAGAGACCGCAGCAGCAGGGACAUUGCAUCUUCAUCCGGCGUCCUCCAAAUCACAGAGAACAAAUCAGCCGCGGCCAACUUAACAAAACACAAGCAGGUGAUGAGUGCAGAAAGGAAGCUCCUUGAUGACGCUCUUGACAGAACUAGUGUUCAGUAUGAGAGCUGGAUGGAUGAAGAGACAUCGUUCUGGAUGGACAGGGAUAACACGAACAACAAUUUUCAGUACGGUUUGUUAAUGCAGAACCUUGAGGAAUUGGAGACGAGUUUGGCUGGUAAAGACUUGAAGAUUCUGGAAAAUGACAUCCUUGCACACAUUCAGCAGCUUGGAGCUCUGAGAUCGUUCGAUGCGUCUACGGCCGUGGGCGCCACCCUGCUAGACACCCUAACACAUGAUCAACCAGACAGCUCUCUGCUUGACCAACAAAUCAUCGAGUUUGAUCCAGAGACGACUCCUCUGGACGAGGAGGAGCAAGAAGAUAGCCAAGUAGUCGUCGUCCGGAGUGGCAAGAGUGAGGAGAGGAAGCUGAAGAGAGUCAGAGCGUCAGAGAAAGGAUCCAGGAUCUCAGUGAAAGUGAAUCCACGAAGACCCAAGAAAUCAUCCCGGAAGGCGAGUAGCAGCCAGUUUAUAUCCGAGUGGAAAAGUCACCCAGGACGAAGGAGGAUCAUUGUGCGUGAGCAAUCAGCACUGCUAGCGACCAUCAAGGAAUGCGCAAGCCUUGAGAAGAUUAGGGAGAAGAUGGUGAAGGAAGGGCAGGAGGUGAGCUACCACAGGUGGGCAGAGGCAGCUGGAAUGGACGAGGCAGAGCUGAUGAGCAGGCUGCAGACAGGCUACUGCUGCCGGGAGAGGCUGCUGGUGACCACCGAGUGGCUGGUCAGGUGCAUCGCAAGAUCAUACACCGGCAUGGGGACGGCCUUGGACGAUCUGCUUCAGGCUGGGAAGAUGGGCGUUCUUGACGGCGCCGAGAAGUUCGACACCCGGAAGGGGUGCAGGUUCUCCACGUACGUCAAGUACUGGAUCAGGAAAGGGAUGCUCGCUCUCCUCGCUGAAAACUCAGGAGUCACCCUGCUGCCUGCAAGAAUGGAGAGCAUCAUGCGCAAGGUGAAGGAGGCGCGGCGUGGGAUCAGGUACAGCGAGGGCAGGAACCCGUCGGACUCGGAGGUGGCCGCGGCCGUCGGCGUGUCGGUGGCCAACGUGAGGCUGGCGCGCAAGUGCUCCCGCAGGCCCGUCUCGCUCUACUCGGAGAUCGGGAUCGGGCAGCACGCCAAGUUCGCGGAGGUGAUCCCGGACGAGGCGGCGGCGGCCGCGGAGGCGCCCGACGAGGCGGCGCUGUUCCGGGGCCAGCUGAGGGAGCGGCUGCUGCUGGUGCUGGGCAGGCUGCCGGCGCGGGAGGGACACGUGCUGAGGCUCCGACACGGGCUGGAGGACGGCCGGUGCAGGUCGCUGGAGGAGAUCGGCGGCAUGUACCGCGUGUCCAAGGAGUGGAUCAGGAAGAUCGAGAAGUCGGCCAUGGCCAGGCUCAGGGACGACGACGACGUGCGUCGCGACCUCCACGACUUCGUCUGCUGAUGCACUGCAAUUUUAGUUUCAAUUCAGAUUCAGAUUCAGAUUCAGGGAAUAAUGAUGUACGAUAAAAUUGCGACAGUAUCAGACUGAAUCUGUGCAGUAUAGUAGUACCAACACAUGCACGAAUUAUAUAUACAGGUAUAGUACAUACAUACACACAUGACAGAAAUUUGUGAUCCGACACGGGUAUAAUGACGCUGGGAAUGUUUGAAAACGAACAAGACCUUAUUCUGGGCAGUAAAUUAAAUUAAUUGAGCUGAUGAUGGUCCUGACAUUCAUUUAA